AUGUCAGAAACCCAGCUUAAGUUUUGUUAUCCCUUUAUUUCCUUCAUUGAUAUCUCGUUUUUCCAGGAAUUGGCGCGCCUCAAACUCGAGGUAUUCAAGUUAGAUACCGAACUUCGAAGUCUUUACUCCACAAUAAAUUGUAAUCACAGAGAUCAAUCAUCGCAAAGUGGGCACUUGUUCUUAGAUUCACAAAGUUUUGAUGCUGAGGGCAGCUCGAAGGAUGUUCCACUAAGUGGAUCUUUACUCAACUUCAAUACCUUAGAAGAUUUCCGAGAUUUCGAUAAGACCAAGUUUCUAAAUGAGAAAGCUCGAACGUUGUUUGAGCAAGGCCUGAAAGAUCCUAAUCACUGCAUUCAAUUUUUCAUGUUGAGUUUUGCCGACCUCAAGAAGUACAAGUUUUACCACUGGAUCUGCGCCCCCUCCUUCCAAAUGAGUGAUACAAGCCUUUUGGUCAACCGAAAUGAGUUUAUAAGAGACGUCAAUAAAUUUGAUAUGCUGGCUGGACACUUGCAAAAUAAGUGGAUUGGCUUCCUUGACAAGAAUGAAAACUACCUGGGAGAUCAGUGGAGUGUUGUUAAUGAUGCGAGUGCUAUCAUGAUCCGAGAUACGAGCUUUGCACCUCAAACACCGUCCGCGUUCGCCAAAAAUCUGAUCACAUUGGUCGCACACCAGAGACCGAAACUUGAAACCAUCAGAGUCUACUUUAUUAGAAAUGAAAGCGAUACUUCUUAUUGGCUUAGAAUUCAGAUAAAACGACACGAGGGUAAAGACGCUGCUUACUUGAAGACUUCUGGCUGGGAGCGCAAUGUACAAAAUAAGCUAAUUCCUAAACUCACAGAUUUAAAUUCUUUGGUGAAUCCCACGAAACUUGCAGAACAGUCGGUAGAUCUCAAUUUGAAGCUGAUGAAAUGGCGCAUAGCACCUGAACUUGAUUUAGACUCGAUUAAAAGUUGCAGGGUUCUCCUUCUUGGUGCUGGAACCCUAGGAUGCUACGUUGCCCGAACUGCUCUUGCGUGGGGAGUGCGAAAGAUCACUUUUGUCGAUAAUAGUACUGUUUCGCUAUCGAAUCCUGUACGCCAAUCGCUAUACAAAUUUGACAGCCAUGGCAAACCGAAGGCGGCUGAGGCUGCCCUAGCACUAAAAGAAAUCGCGCCCAUGGUUGAUGCUGCAGGUUACAAUCUGGAAAUACCUAUGAUAGGCCAUCCUGUUCGAAACGAAAUCGCACAACAUAGGGACUACGACGAAUUAGUGCGUCUAAUCAAGGAGCAUGACGCCGUAUUUCUUCUAAUGGAUUCGAGGGAAACUCGAUGGUUACCAACCGUGCUGGGUUACGCCGAAAACAAGACAGUCAUUAACGCAGCUCUAGGUUUUGAUAGUUAUCUUGUCAUGCGACAUGGCACUUCGAAUUGUAAUGACACUAAUAUGAGGCUAGGAUGUUAUUUUUGCAACGAUGUCGUUGCUCCCAGCGAUAGUUUAAGAGACAGGACUUUAGACCAAAUGUGCACUGUAACGAGACCUGGUGUGGCUUUGAUGGCUUCUUCGCAAAGUGUUGAACUUUUAGUGUCAUUAUUACAACAUCCUUUGCGUGCCAACUGUACUCCAGAUGAUGUGAACGUGCUCGGUAGCAUUCCUCAUCAAAUCCGAGGUUUCUUAAAUGAGUUUAAAACGCUACAACUGAGGACACCAGCAUAUGUGCAUUGCUCGGCUUGUAGCUCAGCAGUUGUAGACAAACUGAAAACUUGUGGUUGGGAUUUUGUUCGCCAAGCCAUGAACAACUACAAGUACGUUGAAGACUUGUCUGGCCUCUCGGAAGUUCAAGAUUUAGCUGAAAAAGCAGCAAGUAGUCUCGUUUUCACGUCAGACGACGAAUACGAAGACGAUGUUAUGUGA